AUGCUCCUGUGGGACGACUUUUCCGCUCAUUUUACGGACGAGGUCGUUGCAUGCGCUGAAGAACUCAACGUUGUGCUGGAGAAGUUCUUCAUCAUCGGAAUCUUCCACGAUAUCCAGACGCUCAAGCUCCGUGCAGACAUCGCUCAUUUCCAAGUUCUUCGCCACUUCGCUCGCCAAUUCUAA